CCCAAAACAUGGACCAACUCUCAGUGAUGAACAGCCAAACAGUUACAUGGAAUUACAGCCCUUCGUGGGCACCGCCUGUGAGCCCUCCUCUCGUUCGGGGCAUCAGGACUUCCUGGAUGUCUGAUAAGGCCAAGGCCUUCACCAUCGACGCCCUUCUGGGACUUGACACUCAAAAGGACCUUCCUGCCCCGACCGCCUCCCCGCCUGCAUCUCCGCUCUCCCUCCUUCAGCGGGAGUCCUCCGACACCGGCCUCAGGGACGCCCCCGGAAAGCUCAAGCGCCAUCGCACAGUGUUCACGGACUCGCAGCUUCAGCGGCUGGAGGAGGAGUUCCAGCGGCAGCAGUACCUGGUGGGCCCCGAGCGGCGGUACCUGGCCAGGCAGCUGGAGCUGAGUGAGCUGCAGCUCAAAGUGUGGUUCCAGAACCGACGCAUCAAGUGGCGCAAGAACCAGGCUAACAGCUUGCAAUAGGAUUUUGAAGGAACCCAUUCCGCCCAGCCCAGUGACAACAUUCGCGCUAUCCUAGAUAUGUUCUAGUCUAUAUAAUAUAAUAAAUUA